AUGGCCCGACUCCCCGCUCUUGUAAGCGUUCUGGCGACGCCGGCCCUGCUAGCAGCUGCAGCCGUGACCCCUCGCGACGGCAACUCCCGAAUCAUCGGCGGCGGCCUCGCACAACUGGGUGAAGUGCCUGAGCUGCUCAGUCUCGGAUUCAAGGACCAGGGGGGAUGUGGCGCUGUGUUGCUGAGCGCCAAAAUUGCGCUCACGGCGGCGCAUUGCGUGACCACCGCCGCCCUGGUCCCAGGCAAGCCGCAGCCCGACGUCCAUCUAAACUGGGUUCGCACGAAGUCUCUGUGGCGCGAGUCUGGCGGACUCCGCGUCAACGUCUCCGCGGUCGUGGAACACCCUGGCUACGUCUGGUACACGAAUGAUUGCGACAUCGCGCUGCUGCAUCUGAAGGACCCCAUCCCAGAAGGCCCGCUCGUUCGCUAUGCGAAGCUGCCAAAGAAGGAUUCCGAACCGGCCGAUCAUUUAAGAUCGACGGUGGCCGGCUGGGGGCACGUAUCGUGGCCUAAACCGGGAGACCCUGAACUCCCUGCGCCACCUCCAAACUCUACGCUUCCCCCUGACCCGCCCAGGCCGUUGAAGAAGGUGGAUGUCUCUAUUGUUCGGCGUAGCGACUGCCAGGACCUAUAUUUCAAGGCUCCAGGACGACGAACCAUCACGAGAGACAUGAUUUGCGCAGGCACGAAAACCGAGAGCACAUGCAAUGGGGACAGCGGCAGCCCUCUUUUUGACAAAGCCACACGGGAGGUGAUUGGGCUUGUGUCGUUUGGCGAUGAUUGCGGUGUCACGGGAAAUCCAACCGUGUUCACCAGGGUUAGUAAAUUUAUUGACUGGAUUGAGGGGCAGAUGAAAGAGGCGAAGUAG